AUGUUAGCUCUCUCCCCUAGUCCUUAUUUCAGGGUGUUGCGUAGUAUAAGUUCUAAAACUUCAUUCACAUCAAAGUCUAGUAUAGUUGAAUCGCUUAGGCCAUCUACAAAUAAUUCAAUAAGAGCGAUGUCUUCAGCAGCAUCUAAGUUUUACGGUUUGGAGCCAUUGGACAAGACUGGGAAACCAUUCUCCUUCAAGCAGUUGGAAGGUAAAGUUGUCAUAAUCGUUAAUGUAGCAUCUAAGUGUGGUUUCACACCUCAGUAUGCUGGAUUAGAGGAACUUUACAAAAAGUACAAGGAUGAAGGCUUAGUCAUUUUGGGAUUCCCUUGUAACCAAUUUCUAAGUCAAGAACCAGGUUCAGAUGAGCAAAUCGGUGAAUUUUGCAAGUUGAACUACGGUGUGACUUUCCCAAUUAUGAAGAAGAUCGAUGUCAACGGUAAGAACGUUGAUCCUGUUUAUGAGUUCCUCAAGAGCCAGAAGUCCGGUACUUUGGGAAUGACCCGUAUCAAAUGGAAUUUUGAAAAAUUCCUAAUUGAUAAGCAAGGUAAAGUUGUGGAGAGGUUCUCUUCCUUGACUAAGCCUAGCUCUAUUGAACCUAAGGUAAAGGAAUUGUUAGGCAAAUGA